AUGUAUGCGCCUGCUCAAGCGCAGCCCUCUAGCAUCAGCGCCAGCGCAAGCAUCAGCACCAGCGCAAGCAUCAGCACCAAGACCACCACCACCACCACCACCAACACCAACGCCAACGUCUUUCCUGCCCCCAAUCCCAGCGCCUCGCUGCUGCUCUCCCAUCGACCCGUGGGAAAUAUCGUGGUAAUCAUCGGCUCUUCGCGUUUGGCAGCAUCCAGAGCCUUUGCUUGCCUCGAGGCUGGCGCCACGCCUCUGAUCGUAGGUCUGGAUGGCAUCGACGACGAUACUCGCCCCUCUUCCUCCUCCUCCUUGCAUCGAGCUGCGCCAGAAGUGGUGCACCGCGUCGAGAAUGGCUCGACGCUGUGGAGAGAAGCGCCGAGCAAAGAUGACGAGCAAGGGUGGUCAAGUCUGAUAGACCAUAUCGACGAUGCUGGGGGAGAAGCGCGCAAAUCCAUCUUUGCGGUCUGCGUCACCGACACGCUUCACCUUGCUGCCGACGACAGAGUGCGGGGGAGCAGCGCGAUGGAGAUCAGUCCAGCUCAGAGGAGCAUGACCCGUGCAAAGCUGCUCGUCAGGCUGUGCAGGAUGCGGCGUAUUCCCAUCAAUGUCGCUGAUCAGCCAGCGCUCUGCGACUUUAGCUUUCCCGCAACGCACCGAUUCGCUUGCUCUUUCGUCCCCAGUCCCGUCUCUGGCGCUAGCGCUAGCACUAGCGCGACCAGCACCUCUCCCGCCCCCUCUUCCAGCCUGCAAAUCGCGGUGACCACCAAUGGCAGGGGUUGUCGUUUAGCAGGCAGAAUCCGUCGCGAGAUCGUAGGCGCCCUGCCUAGAAAUGUAGGCGAUGCGGUGGACAAGGUGGGCAGGAUGCGCGAAGUGGCCAAGAGGGAAGACUUGAGGCGGGCAAGCGUCAGCGCCGCGCAGCGUCGUGCAAGCCGCAGCAGGAGCCGUAGCAGGCCAGAGGAGAGGGAUGAGGAGGACGCUGCGUUGGACAGCACCCCUCUCAACAGUCCCGUACCUCAGCUUGGAGCGCCGCACGACUCCAAGAGCUACUUUGCGGGAGCAAUUCGCAAUGCUAGUGCUUCACGCAUCGCAAUCGCGUCGGAUGAUGACCGGGACACAGAGGCCCGCAAAGAAUCCGCGAAGCGAAGAAUGCGCUGGGUAGCGCAAAUGAGCGAGUACUGGCCCAUCGAAUACUUGGCGCGUCUGCAAGAUGAUCAGAUGGCCCAGAUUCUGGACACGUACGAAGACGAUCCAGAGAAAUCAGGCGAUGCCGCGUCCGCGUCCGCCUCCUCCUCCGCCACCACCACCACUGCGAGAUCAUCCCUCGAAGGCGCCGCUACGAAUGGCGCAGAUACUCCACGCGGAAGGCCUGCUUCGCGCCGCAAUUCUGCAGACGUACCGGGACUGCUCCGUCGUGACACAUCUCAACAUGCUCUUGAGCUUGGAAUGCCGCGAGCGCCUCCUUCCCGCCAAGGUCGCAUAUAUCUCGUCGGAUCUGGUCCCGGUCAUCCCGGCUUGCUCACGAGGAUGGCUCAUGACUUGCUCACAUCGCCGUCGACGCACCUGAUUCUCUCGGACAAGCUGGUGCCCGCACCCAUCCUCCGUCUCAUCCCUUCCACUACUCCCCUCGUCAUUGCGCGCAAAUUCCCUGGCAAUGCCGAAGGUGCUCAAUCGGAGCUCAUCGCGUUGGCUCUUAAAGGGGCCCUAGAAGAAGGCAAGACUGUCGUGCGCCUGAAGCAAGGCGAUCCUUUUGUCUAUGGUCGCGGAGGGGAAGAGGUGCUGGCAUUUCGGCGUGCAGGCAUCGAAGCCACCGUGGUGCCUGGCAUCAGCUCCGCCAUGGCAGCUCCCUUGCUUCUCGGCGUACCAGUCACUCAAAGGGGAGCAGCGGACUGCAUGGUACUGUGCACAGGAGUCGGACGAGGUGGCAAGCAGGUCAAAUUGCCCGGUUACGAGCGCAACAGAAGCACCGUCAUUCUGAUGGGCGUUGCAAGGCUCAAAGACGUCGUCCACACCCUGACAGAAGGUUGGACACCCGCACAGCAGGGCGUGACCACUACGCACGCGAAUCUGACUUGCGGCUCAGCCACCAGCUCCAACACUACGCACGCGAAUCUGACUUGCGGCUCAGCCACCAGCUCCAGACAGGGCGCCGCAUAUCCACCGCACACUCCGAUCGCAAUCGUCGAGCGCGCAUCUUCUACGGAUCAAAGGCUCGUCGCAUCCACGCUAGCGGGCAUUGUGGAGGCGAUGGAAAGGACGGGAGAGCAGCGCCCGCCAGGCAUGAUGAUCGUGGGCUGGGCUGUGCUCGCACUGGAUGGCGAUGGCGAUGUGAGCGUGCUGGACGACGAGUCCGCUUGCAUCGCGGUGGCGGCGGACAACAGCGAGUCGAGCUCGCCCGGGCCAGAAGCUGGGCGAGCUCGGUUGGAUGAGCUGGACGAGGCUCGCGUCCAUCGAUGGCUAGGCGGCGCGAGGUACGUUGUGCGAGAAGGUUUAGACGAAAACUAUGCUAGUGCUCUUGCAAGCAUGGCACGUCCUCAUGACCACGGUGACACCAGCAUUCACGUGAUUGACAAUUCGGCACACAACGGCGGCGCAUCCAUCGACUACUCUCUGGCUGCUCGUAGCGCUGCAGGAUGGGCUCCUGCACGUUAUCAACAAUCUAACGGCGUGCCUUGGGGCGGUUGGGGUACCCAAGAAGCGCCAAACGUGCCUGCUGCGGACGCGGAGGCCUAUCAGCGGCACCAGGCGUAUGCUAAAGGUCGCGAUGCCUGA